CCACCGCCAUCUAAAGACUCCCAUUCGACAUCAAUCCGAGUCGGCAGACCUUUAACCCUAACCUGUCCGGUCGAAGGUAGUCCAUUACCUUACGUCUUCUGGAUCAAGCAGCCCUACACGGAACUCAUCAACACAACCAGACUGUCACUGUCUCAGGACAAUGUCACUUUGAUGAGAACAGCAAAUCCGACAAAUUUCUUCUCGACCAGGCGACAUGCAAGGGACCCAGGUCAGAACAGAGGAAGUGUCACAUGCCACCGUGUGAGGAGAUGGAAGGCCAAUGGUCUGGCUGGGCCAAGUGGUCGGCUUGCUCGUCUACCUGCGGUACCGGCACCAGGCUCGGACGAGGCGCUGUAGGAAAGGGCGCUGUCAAGGCGACAACGUGCAGAUCAGGAAAUGUCCAGAUCUGCCUAAGUGUGAUUCGUCAGAAAACGAAGUCUUCAACACAGAUGAAGAUGAGUUUGAAAAUAGUCCUUACACACCGGAAGCAGCUUUCGAAUUCCAACCGGAAGUGGUAGACACGGGCACAGAAGAUUUUUAUACUCCGGCUACAUCUAAGCCUCCAGUGUACGAAGGUCACGUGGUACCGAACCCUAACCAGGGUCCUUGCGAACCGGGGUUCACGCACAACGACACCAUUCAGAGCUGUGACGAUAUCGACGAAUGUUUAAUAAAGAACCCUUGCCACGUGACGCAGAUAUGCGUCAACACAGUCGGCGGGUACCAAUGUGGGUGCCAGCCUGGAUACAGUUCUCUGGGUGCCGGUCUGCGGUGCAUGGAUAUGAACGAGUGCGAGUUAGACACAGACGGGUGCGAGUACGCGUGUGUGAACGUGGCGGGCGGGUAUGUGUGCGCGUGUCCGCGGCGCAUGCGGCUGCGCGCCGACAAGCGGCGCUGUUAUCAACCAUCGUCGCUCAGCAACCCGUACGAAAAUCCAGAAUCGGAGUACCUGAGCGCGCUAGUGGAAGCACCGGCUAAGUACAGGAAUACGAGGAAUUGAAACUACAAACAUAACUUAAACUUUUAUUAACACAUACUUAUUAGAUUACAAUAUAUUUAUAA